AUGUCUCUCCCCAUAAGAACCAACUCGUCGACCUCGAUGGCCGGUCCGUCGCGCACGCCGUCGGGCCCGGUUGCUUCGCAUCACUUGAUCAUGAACAAACAGGCGUCGCACACAGAGUCGCUUUACUACAUUAGCAUUCGUCUGCUUAAACGGCUGGCAAAAGUGCCUGGAAUGGGGCCGUACCUGGAAUUGGCGUACGGUUCGGCCGAGGACUGCGCCGAACAGCAGGCCAUUGCGCUCAGCAGCAGCAGCCGCAGCCAGAAACGUCCGGACUCUGGGUUCCGUUCGUCAGAGCCCUUGCUGGGCUUCUGGGACAGCACAUUGUUCACCUUUAGCGCAGGAAUAUUGCCUGCGCAAACCAGCCACGACCCGGUCACCCCGCUGAUGAUGCUGUUCCAGCAGGGUGCUCCAUUGUGUCUGAUCUUCAACAGUCUGAGCCCGGAAAACAAGAUAGAGCUUGUUUCGUCCGACGACUUGAGAGUGUGCAAGAUGAGUGUGUACAAGUUUCUGAGUGCGUGCAAACAGCACCUCAACAUCCGCGACGACGAGCUGUUUUCCGUCACCAGCGUGUUUGCCGACGAUACAAACAGUCUGCUCAAGGUGAUCCACGCGGUCAAUCUGGUGCUGGACUUCGAGUCCAAGUUCGACGCUGCAGAAAUCCCCGACCAGUUGCAAGUAAACGACUCGCGGUCCAAAGUUGUGCGGGAAAUCGUCGAGAGCGAGCGCAAGUUCGUUCAGGACCUGGAAAUUCUGCACAAGUUCCGCGCAGAACUCAUCCAAGCGGGCCUCAUAUCCAGCGAAAACAUCAACAUGCUGUUCCCCAACCUAUCGGAGAUUGUCGACUUCCAGCGACGGUUUUUGGUCGGACUCGAGUGCAACACAGCCGUUCCUGGCAAGUACCAAAGGAUCGGGUCGGUGUUCCUGCACCCGGGCGCACAGGGGUUCCAAAUCUACGAGCCGUGGUCGCUGUACCAGAACACUGCCGUGGAAUUCAUCAAUAAAGAAGCAGCCAGUCUGCGCAAGUCGUCAACGCUCAUCAAUAGCCCGUACGAGCUGCAGAGUUUCCUGAUCAAGCCCGUCCAACGACUGUGCAAAUACCCGCUGCUUCUGCAAGAACUGGUCAAAUUGACCGACCCGUCAUGGCCCAACUACUCGGAGCUGCAUCUAGCAUUGCUCAGCUCCAAAGAGGUGGCCAACAAAAUUAACGAAUCACAGAGAAAAUCAGAAAACAUCCAGCUCACAAAGGACCUCCAGGACCGCGUCGUGGACUGGAAGGGCUACUCGGUCACCAGCGCGGGCGACUUGCUCUACGCAAACAACGUCACCGUAAAAGAUCUGCUCACCGACGGCCACUCGUCUGAAAAAGAGGUCCACUGCUACCUGUUCGAGAAGGUGAUCUUCUUCUUCAAGGAGGUGCCACCAAAGAACAAGCUCACGAGCAAACUCAAGAACAAUUCCAACUCCAACCUGCUGAAUCCACAGCUCUCUUUGAACGGAAUCGUCUAUAUCAACAAAAUCUACAGAUGCACACCUUCAGAGAGUUCCAAACACUUUGGCUCGUUGGGCCACUUCCUCACGCUCAGAUGGAAAGGCAGCCGCGAAACAGGCGGCUGUGUGAUCCGGUUCCGGCUCGAGGAACAGCUGGUUCAGUGGGAAGCUGCCAUUAGACGACUAUUAUCCGAGGACGAGUACUUCAACAGACAAUCGAUGUCUCCGUCCCGGUCGGAGGAGAUGUCUGCCCGGGUUUCGAGCCAGACCCAGUCGUCGAACUCGUCCGAACAUUCGUCGUACUUCUACUCAAAACUGCGGACCGUGAGCUCGUCAACCAUUGGAACGAACAACACCGCCAACGACAAGAAGUUCCGGUCUGUUUCGUCGCCGGUGACCACGAGCGACCGGUCGGUGCCGCUGACAACCACACUCAACGGCAUGACCUUGAACAGCGUGCCCAAGGUGAACAUCAAGCUGAUCUUCAACUCGCAGGCCGUGCAUCUGUCGGUGAACGCGGAAACCACGUUCCAGGAGCUUGUGGACGCUUUGGUGACGAAACUGAACUACUCGUUCGGCAGCUCGCUCGACGACGGCCGCUACUUCACUACAGAGUCGUCCAAGUUCAAUUUCAGAGACGAGGACGGCGAUUUCAUCCGGUUCCAGGGCCAGGACGACUGGCAGAUGGCCAAAGAGAUGCUUGCCGAGAUCGACGACGAGGAGGAACGGAUCCUCAACAUCUCGGUGCACCGAAGCGCGGCUCCAUAG